GUGGAUUUCUUUGUUGUUGGGAAGAGGAGAGGAGAUGGUGGGUGUCACGUGCGAUAGGAGCGGAGAUGCCAGAAGCCUCCGGCGUUGAAGCAACGAGGUCUGUUGGAGGGAAGCUCAUCUGACCCUCCAUUUCAUAUCCUACGGUCCAUAUUUAUCUGCAAUUUUCUCCAACAAAUGUCUCUGAAAUAAAUAAAUGGGAUGAGAGCAGUAAGGAGACCAACCAAAUAGGGUGAACGCAGGAGCAGCAGCACAAGAGAGGAAACCACUGCGAGAGAGAGAGAGAGAGAGAGAGACUGAGGAUUUUGAUUUUUCAAGCCUCAUAUAGAACUGACCCAGCAAGAAAUUUUGAGCGAUUUGACCUUGGGUUUUCUCUUAUUUUCUCAAGAAAUUGGUUUGGGAGGAAAAGGUCUUCAUCCUCAUCUCAGUGUAAUGGAGUUUCCUCCUUGGUGAUUUGGGAGUGCUUCUUUGGGAUUUGCUGAUUCUGGUAUAGAUCUCGAGAGAAGUGAUGGAUAAGAGUCAAAGAGGGGGUAGCAAAGCAACCGAACCGGAUUUCCUGUUACAGUGGGGGAACAGAAAGAGGCCUCGAUGCAUGAAGGUCAAAGACGAAGGCGUCGCGAACAAAUCAGACGGGGUUAUCAGGAAGAAAAUCACAUCUCGCGUCGAUAGACGCGUCGUCACCGCCGAGAAAGUUCCUUCUCCUCAACCUCAUCGCGUAAACAGGAAUUCUGAAGCGGGGAUGAAUCGGACGAGUGGUAGCGAGAACCGGAAGUCGUCGUCGCCGGAGAAGGAAGAUCGGUACUACACGACGAGAGGGUCGGUGGGAGUGGAUGAGAACGGUGGGAAGGUGUUGGUGGAUGGAGGAGAGGACAGAGGACUUGUUUGGCCGAAGCUGUUCAUAUCCUUGUCUAGCAAGGAGAAGGAGGAAGAUUUUAUGGCCAUGAAAGGGUGUAAACUCCCUCAGAGGCCUAAGAAAAGAGCCAAACUCAUCCAAAGGAGCUUGCUUUUGGUAAGUCCGGGAGCAUGGCUAUCGGAUCUGUGCCAAGAGAGGUAUGAAGUGAGGGAGAAGAAGGCUUCCAAGAAGAGACCCAGAGGAUUGAAGGCAAUGGGAAGCAUGGAAAGCGAUUCGGAGUAGCGAGGAGAGAAAGAGGACAUGGGAGGGGGGCAGCCGAGAAGAAGAUUCCUACUUCUACUUUUUCUGUUUGGGUAAAGAGGAGAACUUGUGCUGAUUCAAGGUUCCAGGUCAUGAUGGUCUGAUGAUGAUGGCGGCGAGGGUGGUUGUCUUCGCUACAACUUCCAAAUCUUCUGUUUGGCGUUUACUAAUUGAAUUCCACCACUUGGGUUUAUAUUGUUUGAACUCAUUUUUAGGGAUUUUUCUUUUCUGUUUUUUCAUUUGGGAACUCCUUUUGUUUCAAUUUUUGGGAAUUGGUCUAACUAAUUUUUCGGGUGGGAAAAAAAAAAAGAAAGGAUUUUGGCACUAGCGUAGUACUUUUUUGUUUUGAUACUGCUCCAACUUUUUCUCCAAGUAAAAAUGGUGAGACUUAUUCACGCGUCGCUUUUUCUCGACGUGAAAA